UAGAGCUUCACUUCCCUUACCUAGAGCCGCCCCCGCCCUUGGAUUGAUUUACUGAUAUUAUACGAAUGAGUGCUGCUGUGCUUCCUAAACAUGUGGCUGCUGUAUUAAAAUGUCAAAAGAACCCAUUAAGGGCACUAGAAAUAUUCAAUUCAGUGAAAAAGGAAGAUGGGUUUAACCAUAAUUUGUCUACCUAUAAAUGUAUGGUCGAAAAGCUUGGUUGUUAUGGGGAGUUCAAUGAAAUGGAAGGCGUCAUCGAAGAAGCGAGGCAGAAGAUUGAUAAUAAGUUGUUAGAAGGGGUGUACAUUACUGCUAUUAGAAGUUAUGGGAAGAAAGGGAAAGUUCAAGAGGCGGUUGACGUGUUUGAGAAGAUGGAGUUUUUCAAUUGUCAGCCGUCUGUUCAUUCGUAUAACACGAUCAUGAAUGUAUUGGUUGAACAUGGGUUUUUUAAACAAUCUCAUAAGGUUUAUAUGAGAAUGCUGGAAAAGGGGAUUUCUCCUGAUGUAUAUACCUUUACUAUUAGAAUAAAGUCGUUUUGUAGGACGAACCGGCCUCAUGUUGCUUUGAGGCUUUUGAAUAACAUGCCCGAUCAAGGAUGCAGAUUUAAUGCAGUUGCGUACUGUACAGUAGUUGGUGGAUUUUAUGAAGUGAAUUGUCGAGUUGAGGCCUGUGAAUUGUUCGAUGAAAUGCUUAGGCUCGGAAUAACUCCAGAUGUUACUACGUUUAAUAAGCUUAUAUGUAUGCUUUGUAAGAAGGGGGACGUCCAAGAAAGUGAAAGGCUUCUUAAUAAGAUCAUGAAAAGAGGAGUGUUUCCAAAUCUUUUUACAUGUAAUGUCUUGAUGCAAGGUCUUUCUGAGAGAGGCCAACUAAAUGAAGCUGCUAGGAUGUUAGAGACUUUGAACAAAGAAGGUUUAAAUGCUGAUGUAGUCACUUAUAACACUCUUAUAUGUGGUUUAUGCAAGCACUCAAAGGUUGCUGAAGCUGAGUCUUAUUUGCAUAAAAUGGUGAACGGUGGGUUUGAGCCUGAUGCAUUCACCUAUAACACAAUCAUUGGUGCAUAUUGCAAAUUGGGUAUGAUACAGAAAGCAGACAGAAUUCUUAAUAAUGCAGUUUUUAAAGGUUUUGUUCCUGAUGAGUUUACUUUCUGCUCCCUUAUUUAUGGAUUAUGUCAGGAUGGUGACUUUAACAGAGCCAAGAGUUUAUUUAAUGAAGCCGCAGGUAAAGGUAUGAAGUGUAAUGUAAUCCUAUAUAAUACCUUAAUUAAGGGAAUGUGUCAGCAGGGACUUAUAUUAGAAGCGUUGAAGUUGAUGACUGAAAUGCCUGAGAAAGGUUGCAGGCCUGAUACAUGGACUUAUAAUCUGAUCAUAAAUGGUUUGUGCAAGAUGGGCUGUGUAUCUGAUGCUAGUAAUAUCCUGAAUUUUGCCGUGGCCAAAGGGACCCUUCCUGAUAUUUUUACCUUCAAUACCUUGAUUGAUGGUUAUUGCAAACAGUCGAAAUUGGCUGAUGCAAUCGAGAUUCUAAAUACCAUGUGGGAUCAUGACGUUGUUCCAGAUGUGAUAACGUAUAACACAAUGUUGGAUGGACUUUGCAAGCUUAAAACUCCUGAUGAUGUGAUGGAAACCUUCAAAGUCAUGGUUGAAAAAGGGUGUGUCCCAAACAUAAUCACAUAUAAUAUUCUCAUUGAGAGCCUUUGUAAAUCAAGAAAGUUUAUGAAAGCUUUAGACUUACUUGAGGAUAUUCAAAGCAAGGGUCUUAUUCCUGAUACAGUGACUUUUGGCACUUUGAUAAAUGGGUUUUGUGAGAAUGAGGAUUUGGAAGGAGCCUAUGAGCUAUUCAGAAGAAUGAAAACACAAUAUAAUUGCACUCAUACUACUGCAACGUACAAUAUUUUGAUUAGUGCAUUUGCUAAGAAGCUGAAAAUGGACAUAGCAGAGAAGCUAUUUCUUGAGAUGAGUGAAUGUGGCUGUUCUCCUGACAAUUACACCUACCGUUGUAUGAUAGAUGGUUUCUGCAAGGUAGACAACAGCGAAUUGGGGUACAAGUUUUUGCUUGACAACAUGACGAAAGAGUUUCUUCCAUCAAAAGAAACAGUAGGGCGAGUGAUCAAUUGCCUAUGCGUGAAGAACAGGUUGCUCGAAGCAGUUGGUAUCAUUCAUCUCAUGGUGCAGAAGGCUGUUAUACCUGAUGUGGUCCACACAAUUUUUGAAGCAGAUAAAAAGGAUGUGGCAGCUCCCAAGAUCUUUGUGGAAGACUUGCUGAAGAAGAAUCACAUAACCUAUUAUGCCUAUGAGCUUUUAUACGACGGGAUAAGAGACAAAAAGGUUUUGAAGAAAUUAUCCGUGAAGAAAACAUUCUACCACUAGUCACUUGAGCAUUGAUGGCAAUCAAACUAAGGUAAUAUUGAGCCGCGAUUUGUGAGAAGUAGCAAAGCAUGAUUGAAGCUAUGCUGUUUCAAAGCCAUCUUACAAGAGCGAUAUAGCUGUAGUCUCAUGAAGAAGACAGUGGUGCAAAAACACGAUGGCAAAAGCCUGUGACAUUAGCUGAAAACAUCGGACCUUUGAAGAGAGAGUGGGUUUAGUCUCAAUGCUUCUUGGCUAUCUCAAUCAUGUUGAUUCAAUGCUUAAUUAUCCAAUGAUGUUUCCCAAGUCUCUCCAAGGGACAUCUCCUGGUUACACCUCUCAGCACUCGUAGAUCAGCAUGUGUGAGAAAGUUGGUGAGAGAAAUAGCGCCAUGACUGAAAUGCAUGGGGCGUGGAUGGUAGAAGUUGAUCUGAAUAUCAAGAGUGGAAUCUUAGAUGCAGUGAAAUCUUUUACCCCUCAACUGAUGUUGUGAACUGGUAACUCUCUGAGACAAGGCGUAGAUCUCCUUUAUGGGAUGAGGGAGAGGAAGGUAAGUAUAGAAUCUCAAAACAAAGAGAAUCUACCGUGUUCAUCUUCCAGAGUUUCAUGCCCCGCGUUGCUUGAUGAAGAGGAAGAGCCAGAUCUGAGUGGUGUAUAGUGUACUGUUGUUUUGCUGGUUGUGAUUUAUGAUGGCUGCAAUGCUGCAACUGGUGUGGGGGAGACUAGAGCAGUUUAAUUUGCAUUUGAUUUUGGUGAAGAUUGGCUAUAGCUGCAAGAUUGUACUUUAAUAUUUAUCAUUUGUUAUGCCUUUCUGUAUAUAGAGUUCUUGAGAGAAAAGAGUUCGAGUAACUUUUGUCCUUGGCUACUAUUUAGUUUGUAGACUUUACUUUCCUGUAGCUGCUCAAGGAUUUAGCAUGUGUAGUGUGAUAUGACCAGUAGGAGAGCAGUGUUUAGUAGCUUAAUAAAUUCAAAAUUUGAAGAAUUUUCAGUGCAGUUCUUUAGUAGGUACUGGAACGUUACUGAUUCCUUUGCAUUGUAGUUGGGGUAGAAGAAGCGUAUCCUGCAAAACGGUAUUCAUUUCUCA